AUACAAAGAGAAAUGCUUAGAAACAUCACAGGUGAAGAGCACUUAUGAUCCAAGGACGUGAAGAUACAAGCUAAGAGGUACAAGAAAAGAGACAAACAGAGAUGGUGAAAGACAUCAUAGAGAUCAUCUGUUACCUGGUUGCAUCACUCACACUGCUAUUGCUCAGUGUCAGUGGAAACACAAAUGGAUCACAGAUGAAUUGUACCUCAAGAAUCAUGGUGCCACGUAACACGCUAUUCAGAGCCCCUGUUAUGACAGUGUUGAAGAUAAACUGUUCUGCUAAAUAUGAAUGUCAGAACCCAAGGAUCUUAUGGUGCAAAAUCUAUGGAAAUCACUGCAAAGCUAUAAAUGACUCCAAUUACAUAAAAUCAGAGUGGAGAAAUAUCAACAAACAUGAUGGGAUUUCAUUCCUGACUUUUAUGAACAUCUCAGUGGAGGACGAAGGUUUAUACAGAUGUAAAGUUGACGAGACCGCUGUUAGCCAUACUAUUAAUGUCACUGUGACAGUAGGGAAUGAGGUUUCACACAAUCAAAGCAAAACAGAUGAUCUGAAUAAAAUUCCUGGUUUGCAGUGGCUAUGGCCAUAUGUUUACAUCUGCAGUGGAAUAGUGGGGCUGGUGGUCAUUGUUAUGACUGUAUCAUUGCUUAUUUUCAGAUGCCAAGGAACAAAAUCAGCAAGGAACAAUAAGACAACUAAAAAUCAGUACAUUGUAACUCAAAGAAGUGACCAGGCUCCUCCGUUCCAUCCCCAUCACAACACCCAUUCCCCCUCAGCCCAGCUGACCUCUGCUUGUGUCUAUGAAACUCCACCUGUCAAAACAGUAUUGUCAUCUGGAAGAUUCUCAGCCAAUAAGGUAGCAUCAAAAGGGGUCCAUAACAAUGUCAGCACAGAAGGAGAAGAGAAUGUCCUUGUAUAUGCUUCUUUGAAUCACCAGGCAAUGCCUAGACGGCCCAAAAGAACCGCACAACAAGAACCGGAACCAUCAGAAUAUGCUGCAAUCCGUUUCCGGUGAUUCAAUGAAUGAUAUACACAGAUACUUUAAAAAGGAGUACUCAAAUAUGCUCACUCACAUGCUUUUCUGUAUUAAGGAAUCACUAUAAAGGACACUUGAUGAGGAAGAAAAAUCUGAGUGUUUAGACAGCUCUGUUUGUGGGUCAUGUGAUAAACGGUCCAGCAAGCAUUAACAGAGUGUACAAUCUGUAAUUUAUGGUGUUUUAAUGCCAUGUUAAAUGUUAAAAUUAAAUGUUAUAAACUUAAAACAUUUAUUUUAGAAAUAUAUGUUUAUAAAUAAAAUAAAAUGUUUUAUAAAAGUACAUUUGAUAAAAUAAGAUAAAAACAACUUCAUUCUUAAAGAUAUCAAGAAAAAUUUAUUAUGAAAAAAAGUCAUAUUGUUUUAAGAAUAAUCUUAAAAUAGGCCUUUU